AGACGAACUGGAUUUCCAAGCAGCCGUCGACCAUCUCGUUCACGAAGCGUUUUUGAAAUUAGAUCCGGCCCAAAGACAAUUUUUUCUUUGGCUUUGCUACCUUUUCCUUUUGCCUGCGGCACAACGCAAGUAGAAAAAAGUCAAUUGCCUUGACGAAACUCUCGUCUAUAAAUCAACAUGGACGACAACGCCCAAACAAGAGAACGCAAAACUAUCUCCGCUGGCACAUCAACCCAGAAACUUGAAAUCGAUCCUGCGCGAGAAAAGCAACUAGUCCGCAAACUCGAUCUUUCAAUCAUCCCACCAGUCACAUUACUAUACCUUUUCAGUUUUCUGGAUCGCGUCAACAUAGGCAAUGCUCGUCUCUAUGGACUGGAAGAAGAUUUGAACCUCUCGUCUGACCAAUACCAAACAGCAGUGUCUUUACUGUUUGUGACGUAUUUGCUUUUCGAGGUACCAUCAAACAUUAUUCUGAACCAUUAUUGCCGACCGUCAAGAUGGAUCGCGUUCAUCUCUGUAUGUUGGGGGAUUAUUGCGACUUUGACUGGUAUUGUGCAAUCUUUUGGCGGUCUGGUCGCUUGUCGUUUGCUUCUUGGUCUGUUUGAAUCAGGCCUCUUUCCUGGACUGGCGGUUUACCUCUCAUUCUUCUACACGAAACGAGAGAUCGGAUUACGAAUUGGCUAUCUCUUUGUUAGUGCAGCGCUUGCUGGCGCGUUCGGAGGUCUAUUGGCCUAUGGUAUCGGGCACAUGGACGGCGUCUCUGGACAAUCAGGCUGGCGCUGGAUCCUCAUCAUAGAGGGCAUCCCAACGUUCGUCCUGGGCAUCGCGUGUUGGUGGUGGCUCGCUGAUGGCCCAGAGACCGCCUGGUUCCUCACCGAAGAAGAAAAAAAACUCAUGGAAAUCCGUCGUCUGCAACAAAUCGGUGUGACCGAUGAAUUUGCCUGGCAAGAUGUCCGUGCAGGCCUCAAGGACUGGAAGAUGUGGGCAUUCUGCUGCGCUCUGUUCGGUGCAGAUACCAUGCUCUACGGCUACUCUACCUUCCUGCCCACUAUCAUCAAAAACAUCGACCCCACUUACUCGAGCGCUCUAGUCCAAGUCCUCACAAUCCCAUGCUAUGCCAUUGGCGCCAUAAGCUAUCUCAUCAUGGCACGCAUAUCAGACUGGUCCCAGAAGCGCGGCGUCUACACUGUCAUCUUCGGUCUCAUCUCCAUAAUCGGCUACGCGCUAUUAAUCUCCGACGGCGGUUCUGGCGUCCACUACGCCGGCUGUUUCCUAGUAGCUUUAGGCUUAUACGUCGCCGUCGGCCUCCCCAUCGCUUGGUUGUUGUCCAAUAAUCCACGCUUUGGAAAGCGCACUACAGCGACCGGUUUGCAACUCAUGUUUGGCAAUUGCGCGGGCAUCAUGUCUAGUUUCUUGUAUCCUAAGGAAGAAGGACCGAGGUUUGUGAGGGGGCAUGCUGUUUCUUUGGGAAUGGUGUCUUUUGCGAUGGUGGUUUAUGCAUUCAUGUGGUGGUACUUUGGGUAUGAGAAUAAGAAGAGGAUCAAUGGGGAGAGGAACUCGAGGAUUGAGGACCUGAGCGAGGAAGAGAUUGCUGAUUUGGGUGAUGAGAAUCCAAAGUUCUUGUACUCGAUCUGAGUGGUGUUUGCGGUGGGAUUAUAGAAUGUACGGAUUGAUAGAUGGUUGAUAUAGAUCACAACAUAGACUUUUGCUUAUGCUUGAAGGCGC